AUGCCCUACCCCUCGGGCCCUCCCUUCGAACCUAACUAUGUGACAUUAUCGAUGCAUGAAAAGACAAGUGUGACGGGUGUGUUGGUGGCAAUGAAAGGCGACGGCAGUCACUUCCUCGUUGAUCAACUCAAAACGCCUAUUGGAAUCAUGGACAGCGCUGUGCUGAGAACAGCCGACACCAUCAUGAUGACAAUGGACUGGGAUGAUGUGAAUCGACAUAAGUGA